AUGGACACCAUCACAUCGUCAUCACAACCACCACAAAUCUUUGGUGAUAAGCAGCUCAAAAGAAAACUAGUUGAUUUGGUUAAAUCGGUAAAAAAGAAAAUCAAGUCAUUAAAUGAGAGCAGAGCUGAGCUCACAUCGAGCCUGCAAGAAACAUUUCAACCAAUCACACAACCCUUGAACACUCUUCUCAAUGAAAUUCAAAUAAAUAACACCACCAACAACCGUAAAGAAAACAAAAGUAAGAGAAAAUCAGUUAAGACACAGCAACAGGACGUGCAGGAUGAUGUGAAUUUAUCCACUAGUAAGCAAUUCACGGAUGAUGAUGAUGAUGAUGGUGAGGCUAGUGAUGAUACUGAUGAUUUUGAAGAUGCUGAUAGUUUGAUAAAGCUUAAAAAUAUUGAGGAUGAUUCAAAAGAAUUAUCUAAAUAUGAAGAAGAAGAAGAAGAAGAAGAAGACAUCCACCGCUUAGCAAAAACCUAUUGUGAGGACAUCACAGCGAAGGUCAACAACCAUUUUCAAGAAAUAUUACGAAAAAAUUUAAAAACCCCACCGGAAGUGAAUUCUAAACCUCAAAUGAAUAAAAAUCCCAAAAAGACCUCUAAUAAUCCUGAAGAAUUAUCAAAAAAUUUAAAAACCCCACCGGAAGUGAAUUCUAAACCUCAAAUAAAUAAAAAUCCCAAAAAGACCUCUAAUAAUCCUGAAGAAUUAUCAAAAAAUUUAAAAACCCCCCCGGAAGUGAAUUCUAAACCUCAAAUAAAUAAAAAUCCCAAAAAGACAUCUAAUAAUCCUCAAGAAUCAUCAUUAUCAGCGUCCUCGUCAUCGUCGUCGUCGUCAUCGUCGUCAUCGUUGUCCUCACGUAAAAACUUCAAGACCUCUAAGGAAGUCAAUUCUAAAUCUCAAACAGCUCAAAAUCCCAAGAAGAAAGACGUCUCCAAACCUGAAGAUCCAUCACAUAAUUUAACCAAUUAA